UGCCCAGAAAAGAACUCGAGAAAGGACAUAGUUGAAAAGAUACAAAAAGAGCAGAAAAUGGAGGUCGAGCAAGUCCUACACAUGAAUGGAGGGGUGGGAAAACUGAGCUAUGCAAGCAACUCCUCCAUUCAGAGGACUGUGAUAUCCUUGGUGAAACCAAUACUGGAAGCAAGUGUGACAGAGGUUUAUUGUUCGAUGUUACCAGAUUGCUUGAAGAUAGCAGAUUUGGGGUGCGCUGCAGGGCCUAAUACUCUUCUAGUGUUAUCUGAGAUCAUAGACAUAAUUGGAGAAACAUGUCAAAGGUUAGAGCAGCCGCCACCCUCUUUGCAUGCAUUUAUAAAUGAUCUUCCUGGAAAUGAUUUCAAUACGGUUUUCAAGUCAUUGCCAAGUUUUCAUAAGAAGCUGGAGGAAGAGAAGGGGGGAAUGUUCAGGCAAUGUUUCAUAGCAGGAGCACCAGGGUGAGAAAAUUAACUUCCUUUCUUCAUUUGAUUGUUUCAUCUUUAGAUCUAGUAAUUAUGCAUUGCAUAAUACAACAUUUAAGUAGCA